AGCUUGGCUCACGAGUCCGGCGGCACCGACUUGUCUUCCUCAGCCCGUUUGAAACCCGUACGUCGCCAUGGGGAGUGGUGCAUCAGCGGAGGCAAAGUCCAGCGGGUCUGAGAUGAUGGGCGACAAGCUGCACAAGACUGCCGCAGGCGAGGAAGUGACCAUGGAAGCCGCCAUGGAGGGCAAAAAGGUCAUCGGCUUCUACUUCUCAGCCCACUGGUGUCCUCCCUGCCGCGGCUUUACUCCAGUGCUGGCAGAAGCUUACACCAAGUCACUGAAGGACAAGGGCAUGGAGAUCAUCUUUUGCUCCUCCGACCGUGAUGAAGCCAGCUUCAAGGAGUACUUUGGGGAGAUGCCGUGGCUGGCCCUUCCGUUCAGCGACCGGAAGAGGAAGGAGGCGCUGUCCAGGAAGUUCAAGGUCUCCGGCAUCCCCACGCUGGUCUUGGUGAACGCAGAGGACGGCACGCUGAUCACUGAGGACGGGCGCACGAAGGUGAUGAAGGACCCGGAAGGUGCCAACUUCCCCUGGAUCCCCAAGACCUUCAAGGAGGCGUUGGGCGAGAAGUUCACCAAAGGAUCGGCCACCGUGGGCAAAGAGGCCAUUGAAGGCAAGACCUUGGGCCUGUACUUCUCCGCGCACUGGUGUGGACCCUGCCGCGCCUUCACGCCCAAGCUGGCCAAGUGGUACUCCGACAUCAAGAAGGAGCUGGGCGACAAGUUUGAGAUUGUCUUCUGCAGCUCCGACCACAGCGAAAUUAGCCAAAUGGAGUACUAUAAGAGUCACUGCGAUGCUGGUGGAGACUGGUUGGCGCUGCCCUUCGACAAGAAGGACGACUUGGACGAGAUCUACAAAGUGAAUGGAAUCCCCACCUUCAUAAUUGUGGAUGCGGAGGGCAAUGUUGUCAACUCCAACGGCCGUGGCAUUGUGGGUGCACCAGCAAGCCAAUUCCCAUGGAAGCCGCCGGCGAUUGGCAGCCUGGAAGAUCCAGAGGGCAUCAACGACACACCGUCCAUGUGCCUGAUGCUUGAGAGCUGCGAGCCGGCGGUCCAGGAGAGGAUUUUGAAGGCGGUGGAGCCCAUCGCGGAGAAGCUCCGGGAUUCCAAGGAGAUGAUCUUCUUCGCCUCCAAGGACCCAAGCAGCGUCUCCACACAGAUCCGCGCGAUGUGCGGCCUCGAGAGCGUGACCCAGGUGGACAAGAAGGGCCGCACUGUGGAAGAGGAACGCCCCUCGAGCGUCUCCAGCUCCCGAGGACCUCCGAAGAUUCUGCGCACGAUGUCGAGCGACACUCCCACGCUGAUCCUUUUGGACUGCCCAGAUAACGGCGCCUUCUACGUGGGGAAGAUGGCCAAGGAGCUGGACGGCAGUGGAGUUCAGGCCAUGAUCGACGGCUGGAAGGGCAAGACCCUCACGCGGCAGCAGCUGUCCAAGUGAGUGAAGGAGCCCUAGUGGCAAAGGUGGCAAAGGCCCCUGAGCCCCAAAUCCGUUUGAAUUGUCCGGCAGGGUGGAGGCACUGGCCGUUGU